AUGGCGAGCGCAACACACGACCCUCGUUUGCUCUACAGCGUCAACAAUAUCCGCGCAUUCCAUAUUCAAGAUGGCGAAGAACAAGACCUUACGCCAUCAGGCGCCCAGACCCUCUCACUGUUGAUGGUCCCUACCAACACCGAAGUCGCUGGACCAGGUACUGCCUCGCCCGAGGACUCAAUUGAAGACGAUUUCUACCUUCACCUGUACCUACCACCCGAGUUGGACAUCGCUAUCCCGGCGACUACCCAGAUCUUCCAUCAGCCGCCCCACAGCUACCUUAUUCCCCGCUGGGAUAUGGGACCCGACGCCGGCGCGUUCAUCCGCAUCCAGUUCCCCAGCCUUGGUUCAGGACCCAAUAAUGUGUCACAAGAUGAUGUUGAUACAUUUGAAUCUAUCCUUGCGCAAUGCACUGCCUUCCACGAGCGAGAGACCCCUUCAAAAACCAAAGACCACGCCGCUUAUAACCCGGCCGAUUAUGCGCCAGGUGAGGGGUAUGUGGGGUCUUCGGAUCAGAAGAAUGCAGACGCACAUGGAAGAAUUGUCCUAGUAGAUGAAGAGAAUGGCAGCGUCGUGGGAGAGCUUGGCGACGGCUACAACGUGGUGGAGGACUCUGACGUGAAGCCCGGUUCCAAGAGACCUGUCGGUAUCGAACUCCCCGCAGAAGGCGAGGGCAAUCGCAUCAAUGUCAGCAAUGUCUCCGAAGAAUACCUCGCCAUGUCCCGCCACCCAGCCUACAAGAACUCCACCCUUGUUCAAAGCUCGGCUACCGCAUCGCGGCUGGUGGUCACCGGAUCAACAUAUCUGGCCAACAUGAUCGCCAGUGGCGCCGAGAGCUUCCAAAAGAAGACCAAGCCCAACCCGAAACCCCUCACAUUCUCCGAUGCCACGCAUGCACGCAUCCGCAAAGUCGGCACCUUCUCCAACGGGGCUGCAGAUAUCUCCGCGCGCACCGUGGGCCAGGUGGGCAAGGUUGCACAGAACCUCGGCGCCACAUUGGCGCGCAAGCAAGAGUCCGGCCGACGCAAAGGCUUCGACAAGAGUAACCCGCCUCAAGACUAUAAGCCCGGCGUGAUGAACAAAUCCAUGAUUGCGUUCUCGACCCUCGCUGAUGGCAUUGAGCAGAGCGCCCGGAACAUGUUAUUCUCCGGGGCUAGCGCGGCGAGCUCCAUGAUCGAUCACCGGUACGGCAAUGAGGCUGGUACUGUUGCAUCUAAUUUGACCGGUGGCAUCAAAAAUGUCGGUCUGGUGUACAUCGACGCCACAGGCGUGAGUCGUCGCGCGCUGCUCAAAUCCGUGGCGAAGGGCAUGGUGGUUGGCAAAAUGCGCGACGGCAAGCAGGUGGUUGUGGGCGGUGGAGAUGGGGGCCAAGUGCCGGCGAACGGCGCCCCAGGGCCUUCGGGAGACCCUUCCUCCACACCGCCUCCCGCAUACGGCGCAUCAGGGACGAUGUCGCUGCCAGGGGGUAAGCGUUGA